CUUCGGUGGAACUGUGGCGAUUAUCAAUAUAAAUUUUGCAAAGUAGGGCUUGAUUGCAAAACUUGUUGGUACUAUCACACAUACAUAGAGGACUAUUUCUGUGGGUCCCUCACGAAAAGUGAAGAUUUUCCGGGACAUUAUUUCUUGUUGCGGACUCAACCGUGAGCAUUUGAAAUAGAAACUGUUUUCGUGAGAUUUCGCACGAUGCCUACACCCAGUAUAACAGUCAACCCGGAAGAAGAGGAUUAUCCUCCUCCAAAGAACCGUCCGAAGCCUCUUGUUUCACUUCCGGCGUUAAGUAUACAGACUGACGACGCGGAUGAAACAAGUGACAGCGAUGAAGAUGUCAUGACAGCUGAGGAAGAGGCGGCCGCUAGGCGUUACCUCUCCGGGGGUGGACAGACGGAACAACGUCGAAUGUCUUCUUUGGAUGUGUACUUGGCUCAGCCACAAAAGGUUGCAGAAUCCAUGAUAAUCAACAGAAGACGCAGCAUGCGGGAAGAGGAAGAAGCUGUUGCACGAAUACAAUCUGGUGAACUUGAGCGACAAGAAGAAGAAGCUCGCCAGGCAAAACUUCAAAGGGAAAGGGAGGAAGUUCAACGUGCACGAGAGGCCAAACGUGAGCACAAGCAAAAUGCCGAUAGUCAAAGUCUCAGUCCAAGCCCGAGACGAAUGACUUAUCGAAAAGUUGGCCUUGGUGGCCUAAGCAAGGAAAGGCGGAAGAAACUAAAGGAUAUCAUUAUGAGGAAGGCCAAAGAAGAGAUGCAAGCUGAGCGAAUGAAGGAGAUGCGUGCCCGAGAAGAGUAUCUCAAAUCUGUCGUUCCAUCGGUCAAUAUUGAUGGGCUUGAUGAGAAACAAUUACGUGAACUUUUGGGUUCAUGGCACUUGCAGGCCAAAGGGCUGGAGGAGCAAAGGAUCGAACUAACUGAACGUAUCAAAAAACAAGAUGAAGAGAUUCAAGAGCUAACUAUGAAAUUGCUUGACACAAAAGGAAAAUACCCGAAACCGAUUCUACGCAAAGUAACAAAGAAGGAAAAUCUUUUGGCUCGUUUGGAAAAACUGCGGACUCUCAAUGCCAUGCAUACGUUGAAACCGAGCUGCAUACUGAAAUCCGUUCAGAGACCAGAGGCGAGUCACAACAAAAUGGUCAACGGAAGUUUGGAAAAUGAAAAAACUUCUUCGUAGGAGAACAAGACGAAAAUCUAAAAUCCGGCUUAUUUUCCCACAUGUUUUACCGGCUGACCUUUGAGUUGUUCACUGUAAGCUGUUCAGAUCUUGUGUAUUUUCGACGUACAUGUCCAGUUGAACAGAGGUAAACAUUGCACUACACUUUGACAAACGUUAGACGCUUGAUGAGUAGUUCAGUGUGGCUACUUCUGAGAAAUAGCUAUCAGUAAGGCGUUUCUUGAACAAUUUUCUUUGGUAAUCUCCCGGUUAUGUUUCACCAUUUUCUGGGAACAUCUUCAGUUCAAAGUAUUUGAUCCUCGUCCGAAUGUCUUGGAUUUCGUCAUCAAUCAGUUCAACAUCUUUCCUGAUUGGAUUCAAUCAGAAGCUGUUUCGUUAGUAUGAGAUGUUGGAUGUACACAUAUUUUCAACAGACAAAAAACAGUGGACGUUCGACGGAGGGUCAACGUUCCUACGGUUUAUUUUUUUAUCACAUAUUCAUUCAAUUUUGAACCUUGUGCACACUAAAGUAUAAGUAAUCUGGCUAUGCA